AUGGGCCGACUCCAGCAGAGCCACUUAAUCCACAAGAAGCCCGGGCAGCCUCCCAUGGAUUCAGUGACCCCGCUCCACACAGAGCAUGGCACCUUCCUGUUCCUCAACCUAAGGAGCCAAGGAAGCUCCCUGCUCCUCCCUCCUGCUUCUCUUCACCUCCCCAUCUGCCGUCCUUGCCUCUAUCAAAGUUCCAGAAAAAUGGACAAUGCCACAUGGGGGAGCAUGUUUAUCCUCACGGGCUUCUCCACUGUCUGGGAGCUUCAGGUGCUGCAUGCUGUGCUCUUCCUGGUGAUCUACCUGGUCGCCCUGCUGGGCAAUCUCCUCAUCAUCAUCAUUACCAUGCAGGACCCCCGCCUGCACAGCCCCAUGUAUUUCUUCCUGAGGAAUCUGUCCUUCCUGGACCUGUGCCUCAUUUCCAUUACUGUUCCCAAGUCCACUGCAAACUCUCUGAUGAACCUAAACCUCAUCUCCUUUCUUGGGUGUGUGUCCCAGGUUUUCUUCUUCUUCCUCUUAGCCACUACGGAGACAGCUCUCCUCACAGUCAUGUCCUAUGACCGCUACAUAGCCAUCUGCCACCCUCUCAGAUACCAGACCAUCAUGAGCCACCAAGCCUGUGAGCAGAUGGCAGCAUCCUCGUGGCUCAGUGGAGGUCUCAAUGCGGUUCUGCACACACCUGCUACCUUCUCUGUGCCCAUGUGUGGACCGCCUGAGGUCCACCAGUUCUUCUGUGAUGUCCCACAGCUGCUCUCUCUUGCCUGUGUCUGUAACAUCGGGGAGUUGGUAGUCAUUGGGCUCAGCCUCCUAUUGGGCCUCAUCUGCUUUGUGUUCAUCAAUGUCUCUUACUUCCAUAUCUUCUCCACUGUUCUGAAGAUGCCCUCCAGAGAGGGCCGGGCCAAAGCUUUCUCCACAUGCCUGCCUCACCUCCUGGUGGUGACCCUGUUUCUGUCUUCUGGGUUUUUUGCCUACUUACGCCCCCUGCCCAAAUCUCCCUCAUUCUUGGAUUUGCUAGUUUCUGCCUUCUACCCAGUGGUGCCCCCCACUGUGAACCCUCUCAUCUACAGCCUGAGGAACAAGGACAUGCAGAAGGCACUCAGAAGGCUGCAGCUGAGCAGGGGUCACCCUGCACAGUAG